AUGAUUCAGCUCGAGUCACAGCUCGAGUCGGAAAUCUCCGAUGUUCCCAGCCUGCAUCUAAAUCUCUUCUACCCAGUCCUUGCGGACUGGGAUUUGGAUGGUGAUCUUGACCUUGCUUUGCUUCAUCCACUGGGUUUCAAACACGCUGAAAAGAAUCGUUAUUUUCUUCAUCUCCCAGACGACACGGUCGCAGAGCUGAAUGGGCCACCCAACAGCUCGUGCCCGAUCAACUGGGACAAGCAUUUCAGCGUGGCUGAUUUUGAUGGAGAUGGAAAGGACGACCUUGUGGGUUAUUUGGGCAACCUGGUUGGUGUUUGUCUGCAGACUUCGUCUGGCUUUGUAGUGGUAGAGCCUGAGAAGAUCCCUUUCAACUACCUAUCCAACUGCCCGCAGUGCUUGACAAAUUUGUCCUGGGUGGUGUUUUGGGGGUUCGAUGGUUUUCCAUCCUUUCUGGACUGGGAUGGCGAUGGGGAUUUGGACGUGCUCAGAAAGAAUCUGGCAGAUCAGGUCUAUUUGUAUGAGCAGCUGUCCAAUGGCACAGUUUUCGCCCAUCCUCUCCCCCUUCCCUCAGCACGCGACUUUUCAGCCGCAGAUUUUGAUGGAGACGGUGAUGUUGAUAUAUUGAUCGUCCCACCCAACUCAGACGGCUGUUUGUAUUUCGAGCGACUGGGUGACGGGAGCCUGGAUCAAUUAUUUGGCACUGACAACCCUUUCAAUGGUGUGUGCGAGCAAAACAAGAAUGGGGCUAUAACCAGCGGAAUUUAUGCUUCGUUGGGGGACUGGGAUGGAGAUGGUGAGAAAGACUUGGUUGUGGUAGAUGAUUUCAAAGUGACGUUGUGGACAAAUCGACCAACGGAAAGUUUCGUCGAAGUGAUCGAAAAGGACAGUCCAUUCGGAAAGUUUGCUUUCACUGAAGGACUGGAGGUGUCUUUGGUGGAUGUGAAUGAUGAUGGGAGGUUGGACGUAGUCAUACCGCCGCAGUCCACCCAGUGGGAACUGGCGUUUGUACAUGGAUAUGAAACAUUCAGAUUUUUGGAGCAGGGAUCCAGUGGAUUGCUGGUAGAAGUGCAGGGUGGAGCAAAUCCAUUUGACAAGGUUGCCUACAACAAGACAACCAGCAAAUUUUCUUCGAUGAGGAUGAAGAACCAGGUUGUUGAUCUCGAUGGUGAUGGAGAUUUGGACAUAGUUCGUUCAGUUCGUUAUGAUCUGCAUUAUACCCGGAAUGAUGGUGGUCAUUUCACACACCUGAAUCCUUCUGAUCCUGAUAACCCCUUUCGGGGAGUCCAAGAUAACGCAUAUUCAUGCUGGACUUUUGUCGAUUGGGAUGAGGACGGGGACUUGGAUUUGUUGCAAGCCUAUCAGCCUGGAGGGAACACAGCGGAAGAGAUCAUGUCUUAUACAAGGAGGGGGAGCGCGAUUCUUGGGGAAAUGUUGCGGAAUGGGACCAGCAGAGCCGAGAGACUAGCCUGGGAUCGGAAGAACCUGAAUCGCCAGAUGCGCUUCUAUCGCAAUCUUGGCCGGAGCUUCCAAGAACUCACUGGGUCGGAAAACCCUUUCCAUGACAUUGCCUUCGGUAUGGAUGCUUUUUCGUCGUGCCCUACCUUUGUGGACCUUGACAAAGAUGAAGUCUUGGAGUUGGUCCUCGGAACAACAGAUGGGAAGCUGCAGUACUUUAAGCAGCAGAACGGCACCUUUCAGCGCGUCGAGGAGACGCCUUUUGCUGACUUGUCCAUUAAAGGUACCAUUAGACCCAUUGGUCCGGUUGGUAUUAUCCCUCGCUUCGUAGAUUGGGACGGCGAUGGUGACAUGGACUUGGUGAUCACAGGAUUAGACAAGGUGCGAUUCUUUCAGCGCGGCGUUUGCAAGCCCUCUGCCUCAUACUGCAAAUCUGGAGUCUGUAAUCAGCGGACCUCGACAUGCACAUGUGAUGCUGGCGCAGAAGGACAAGACUGCAGCCUCUGCGGCAAUUUUUAUGUCCGUGAGAAGGACCAAUGUAGCCCGUGUCCUGGCCACAAUGAACUGGCAGGUACUUGCAGCCGGAGAGGUGUUUGUGAAGAUGAUGCGGAUGCAAGAAACAAAAGGCUUGCGAAGAAUCUGACCGGUUUUGAAGUGACUUCUGCUAGGGGAACUGGCCAAUGCACUUGCUCGCCGCCUUUUUCUGGUCAUGGCUGCCAACACGGGCAGUGCCCAGCUGGAGAGCGUUUGGACAGACAUGCAAAAGUGGACAUGGCCACCGAGAAGUAUCUUCAGUGGGAAGUUUGUGCACUAUCCCAUCUCGAGACCACCCUGAGAACUGCACUUCUUGUCCUGACGGCUUUGUCGCUGCAGCAGGUACCACAAGGUGCACGCCCUGCAAAGCUGGAACUGCGCCGAAUGAAGGCCGAAGUGUCUGUGUUGCUUGCAAAGCUGGAACUUUUGCAAGGCCGACAGAGGCCCCGCUCCAAGCAAUGCGAAAUGUGCCCUCUUGGUGAAGUCCCAAACAGACAGAAAAAUGGCUGCGACCAGUGCACGGGUCAAACCUACGCAUUUGAAGGAGAUGAGUCUUGCAGGAGGUGUUUCUUUCCAGCUUUGAUCUUGACGGGCGAUGAGAAUUUGUGUACCCCAGUCUAUACGGUGCUCUUUCUGUUUGCAUCUAUCCUCUUGGCAGUCUUUGUCCUGGCGAUCUUCGGAAGGUUGCGCGUUGAAUGUCUCAAAAGGCAACUCAAGAAACUAGUUGCCGCAAGGAAUUGGAAGGAUUUGCAUACCACGCAGGCCAGACCACUGGAAUAUGGCCUUUGGCAGCGUAGGGCCUGCAAGCUGCUUGCGCUUCGCAAGGCUGAGGUGAAGUCGCGAUCUUUGCAGCUGGGUGUCUCUCUCGAUUACGUCUUCGGCAAGCUGGAGAAUAUCUACAAGGAGAAGGCACAGCAGGCCGAGUGGCGAGUGGAUGUGUGGGGCCCAACGACACGGAGCGGUUUCUUCGUGAGGGUCCGCAACAGUGGAGAUGCAGUUGAUCCCGAGUUUGCUUGGCCUACGCUGUCUAUUUGUGAUCACCCGGAAGAUCCAAACUUUCAUCAGGUAGCCGCGCUGUUGGCUUACGGACCAUGGGCUUUGGGCAAGGGUCUGUGCUGCCCACGUGAUGGGUUGGCAGAUUGCAGCCUUGUCGACGCAUUGGAAACGGAAUGCAACAGCGCAAAGGCGACUUGGUUCCUCUCCUGGGUCUGGAACUACAAAUUCGCUACUGUGCUGAAGGCACUGGCACGGUGGUGGCAAAGGCAUCGCAUGGUCUUAGGAGCAACAGAUCAUGGAAAGGGCAUUUACAUCUGGUGGUGUUUAUUCGUUAACAAUCAGUUCCGGCUUUUGGAGGAGGGCCAGACACAAAACACCAACGACUUCGUCCAUGUCUUUGGCCAACAAGUGUUCGUAGCGUGUCAGAGGAGCAUUCCGACCACGGUCAUUCUGCCAGAGCUGGAGGUUGGUGCCAUUGAAACUUUGGAGGCCAAAGCUUCAGUCCAAGCAGAUGCAGAUGCCAUUAAAGAACGCAUCCAAAAAGAACAUCAAUCCUUCGAGUAUGUAAACCAGACGGUGGAGCAAGCCCUUUGGUGUGAAGUCAUCAAAUUCCUGAAGCAGUCUCAACAAGAACCCGAAGAGAUCGAGCUGUCAACACAAACGCCUCAAGACUCGGACCUGUCGACCAGCUCGGCUCCCGUUUCAGCCAUGCUUUCUGCCGACUCACAGCACCUCAGUGCCAGGCCAGAAGAGCCCAGCGCCUGUGGAGGAGUGCGGCCAAUGUGGUGCAGGUUGCAUCGCAGAGGCUUGAUUCUGCAGCCGAUGUGGGCAGUGCCGGCCGUCCAUUGUGGAGAUGACUCUGGCGAAGCCAAUCCCUGCAGUGAGGAACACCCUGUGAGGCGAAUCACCACCAGCCACACCCUCGUCACGGAAGUCGGCAGAGAUGUGGACGGAUGGAACAGUGAUUUUAUGCAGGCUGGAGGUCAACAGCAGCUUCAACUAGAUGUUCUUCAACAGCAGCUGCAGAGCGGUCUGGACCUUUUGGUGCAGAAGGCAGACGCUUGCAUCUGCGAUUCAGAGGUAGGUUUCAGUGGCGCAUGCUGCCACCAGCCUGAUUCAAAAGAAUCGGUUAGCACUGGACUUCAAGCCGUCCCGUUGCUGCAAGAUGCUGCAGCUUUGCUGAGAUAUCCGAAGGCAGUGAGUGAUGCAGCUGUACACCAAAGUGGCAUCCACAACGCUGGAACUUCCAAAGCUGCGGCACAGCGCCGACGCCGCUGGAGGACGCGCAGGGAAUGCAGCAGACUGGAAUUAAACAUAUAG